GCCUGUUUAUGUAACCGGCCCAGAGGGGGAUUAGCCGGGCCGGGCGCAGCGGGUUCUGCUGCCGGGACGCGAUGGGGCCGGGGCUGCCGUAGGAAGGAGACGCGAUGGGAGCUGCCAGCAGCGAGCCCGAGCCCCCGCCGGGCCCCCUCAAGGGCGGUGGCUUCGCAACCGAGGUCUCCUGGGUCCGGAGCUGGAAGAGGGUCUUGGCUGGCAUUGGGGUGACGGUGUCCGGGCUGGAGCGCAACUUGGCCACGAGGAGGCGCCUCCAGCAGCGGCGAGGCCCGGGCGAGAAGCUGCCCCGGCUGGGCGAGAAGGUGGUGACAGGGUGGCCAGUCCCGCAGUUCGUCUCGCUCUUCCUCCCGGAGUUCCCCAUCCGGCCCACCCUGGGCCAGCCGCAGCUCAAGAUUCUGGGCUUUGUUGCUAAAGGCUCGUUUGGGACAGUCCUGAAGGUGCUGGACUGCGGGCGGGAGAAGGUCUUUGCUAUGAAGGUGGUCCCCAAAGUGGAGGUGCUGCGGCGUGACACCCUGAAGCAGUGCAAGGAGGAGGUCAGCAUCCAGAGGCAGGUCAGCCACCCAUUUGUUCACUGCUUAGGGGACAGCUGGCAGGGACAGCGGCAUCUCUUCAUUAUGUGCACAUACUGCAGCACCGGAGACCUGCACACACUUUGGGCCUCUUCGGGGCGCUUCGCGGAAGCCACCAUUCGCCUGUUUGCAGCCGAGCUGGUUCUGGCGCUGAGUUAUCUCCAUGACCUGGGCAUUGUGCACCGAGAUGUGAAGAUGGAGAACAUACUCCUGGACGAACGCGGGCACCUCAAGCUGACAGACUUUGGCCUUUCCCGCCACCUGCGCCGAGGGGAGCGGGCUUACACCAUCUGUGGGACCCUGCAGUACAUGGCCCCAGAAGUGCUGAGCGGAGGCCCCUACAGCCAUUCUGCUGACUGGUGGUCUCUGGGCAUCCUGCUCUUUACCCUCGCUACUGGGAAGUUCCCAGUUCCUCCAGAGCGAGACCACCUGGCCAUGCUGGCGAGCGUGAACCGCUGCAGCUACGAGAGCCCAGGCUCCCUGAGCCGGGGGUUGUCCCUCCUGCUCAGCGAGCUCCUGUGCCGAAACCCCCUGCGGCGCCUGCGCUACCUCCACCACUUCAAGAGCCACCUUUUCUUUCGGGGCGUGACCUUUGACGCCGAGCUCCUGCAGAAGCACCCGGUGGACGUCGUCGUGGCUGCGCGGCAAGCGGAGGCGGCGGCCCUGGAAUCGUCCGUCACCUUUACAGACUUUGACUGUGACCUCCUGGCCUGGCUGCGGCAGAGCUGACCCGCUCCUCUGGCCCUGCUGCGGCCCUGGACCCAUUUGCGGCUCUAUCUCGUCACCGUUUGCAGGCUGUGACCAGGACCCCCAUGGCCAGCCAGGAGCACCAUUCGAUCUGCUCAGGAACCCCCUCUCCUGCACCCCUCCAGCCACCUCAGGGAGAGCAGCAGCGGGCACCGGCCCCCGCCCCAGCAGUGGCUCUUGCCUGGGCCGGUAGAUAGGAAGCGGCUCCCCACAUUGGCACCCCCUAUUCCCAGGCCAGGCUGGGCCCCCCCCCGUUAGACUCAGGCCGCCCCGCUGCAGAGGCUGCCCUGGCUGGGCCAGGUCCCGGCAGGACCCCCCCGUCUGUACGGGAGCCGCGCGGAACGGGACUACGCAAUAAAUGGCAUGUCCAGUGCUCGGCGUGGCGUGG